CUGACUUUAGCAUUGUCGAUUGAUAGCACAUAGAGAAAGAACUACACUGCCAGUCUAGUCUUCGAGGAUAAGCAUUCUGGGUCUCUGACAAAGGUGGUAAGAGUCUGAAAAUGGAGAGCAUCAAGUGUGUGGUGGCUGGAGAUAAAGCUGUGGGAAAGACCAGCCUUCUGAACUCCUGCGCCACCAAUGCACAGAUCACAGUGGACUCCAAAUCCAUCAAGCUUAACCUGCAGGAAACAGUUGGUCAGAGCAAGAAUGACCGAUUGCGCACCGUACGCUACUGUGGGACCAAUGUCUUCAUCCUCUGCUUCUCCAUCUCCAACCCAACCUCUUUUGAGAACAUCAGGCUUAUGUGGCACCCUGAGGUAUCACAACACUGCCGCGAAGUGCCCUUCCUGCUGGUGGGCACCAAAAAGGACCUCAGAGGAGAUCGAGAAAUUUUGAAAAAACUGAAGGAGCAGAACCUGACUCCUGUCACCAAGCAGCAGGGGGAGGCUCUUGCAAAAGAAAUUAAAGCUGUUAAGUACCUUGAGUGCUCAGCUCUCACACAAGAUGGGGUGAAGGAAGUAUUUGAAGAGGCUGUCCGUGCCUGCCUGAACCCAAAGCCUGAGGAUGAAUCAUUCUGUGCACUAUCAUAAAGAAUUGUGGGUAAAACCAUGCCAUGAAGAUGUCAUACCAGAUAGUCAUGAGUUGUCAAUGCAGAUUUUGUUUAGCGUUAUGUUACCUUUACCAGUAACUGUCAUGACAGAUCCCAUAAUGUUUGAUAUCAUGAUGGCUAACUGUGAUGCAGUUAUGACAUCAAACAUCACAGCAUCUGUCAUGAUAUUUACCAACAAUGGUUAAGAUACUGUUAUAUUACUGAACAAAGACUACCGUCAUAACUCUUGGCAACAUAUGACAUCUGCUAUGACAGGUUAAAGGCAUGACUUUGUCAGUAUUAUGUAGCAGCACUCAAGCAAGUUGUUAUUGAAUUGUGUUUAAUUGACAUAUCUAUGCACUACUUACAGACACAUUCUUAUGUAGCAACAAAAGUUUUACUAGUGUUGACAAAAAUCCCAAUUAAACUUAAGAAACUGGUGAGCAACUUUUGAUGAACUUAAAGUGUAAUAUUCAUUUAAAAUGAUACUCAUUUUGUAUGUGUAUGUCACAGAUCAAGUGUCUUUUUUGUCAUGCAAUCCAGCUAAUUUUUGCAUCAUGGCAGAUUCGUUGUUUCCAGCCUGCCUAGUUUCUGUUAGAUACAAUAACAGAGUCCUUCUCUGUAGCCCAGCACUUUAAGCAGGAUGCUUGUCUAACCUAGCAAGAGUUGCUAUAAAAGAAUGCAUUUGUACAGUGCAAUAAAUUAUAUUUUGGCCAGUGAAAACAUCUCAAAUCUAGUCAACGUAUCUAAUAUUUCUCAUUCUGUGAUUGUUGUAAAAAAUGUUUUAUAACUUGUUUUCAGCCAAUUUAUUUAAAGAAAUGUCUCAUUCUAUUGACAGAUAAUUAUUUGAGACAUAAUGCAGACAAUUUUGUCUUUUUUCAAGACAUGAUGUAG